AGGCAACCUAGAGCACAGAGAGGAAGGAGCAGGGUAGUAGGGACGGCAAUGGACUGACUUGGAAUGGGAUGGAGAAAGUUAGGAUCAAGUUUGUAGAAAGUGUUUUGCAAGUGAGAAAGAAGUUAAAGGGAAUGUUGGAAGUGCAAGUUGUUAUGGAGUUUUAAAGUUAAGUAAAGGGGGGCAGGGCAGCAGCGUGUAUCCUUCCCUUCGAAUCGAGGCUGAACCCAAGCCAGGAAAAGGGGCAGGGCUCCUUUGGGGCUUCCAGCUGACAAAAACAGCAGUCCGGAGAGGAGCUGGAGAACACAGGCAGCAUAGAGCGUGUAGCCAGGCCAGAGGAGCACGCAGAGGGGAGGGAAGCUUCUCUGAUGGGGUGCGUCCUGGGCUCCGACUGGUGCGGAGAGGAAGAGGUGCCGGUGGCCCCCGUGGUGCGCAGCUCGUCCCUGAAGAGAAGGAGCGUGGAGAGGAGUGAGAGUGGGAGGAUGAGGCUGAUGAAGGCAGGUAAAGGAGAGCCCCACGUUUUCAAGGAGAAGAGCUUUAAGAAGAAGAGGCAAUGCAAUGUGUGCCGGCAGACUGUGGACAAUGUGGGAUCCUUCUGCAGAGUAUGCAAGACAGCUACACACAGGAAAUGUGAAGCGAAGGUGACCUCAGGUUGCAUCCCUGCUCCAUCCAAUGACUUGCAACGAAGAGGAACUGCUCCUUCUCGACAAAUCCAGCACAUGGGGUCCACCAAGUCUCUGACCUAUACCAAACAGAGGAACACUCUGCCGAGGAGCUUUAGUGUGGACCGUGUGAUGGAGAGGGUCAUGGAACGCCACUAUGAUUUCGACCUGACAUACAUCACCGAGCGGAUCAUCUCGGUGUUUUUCCCGCCAAAGCUGGAGGAGCAGAGGUACCGCCUGAACCUAAAGGAGGUGGCAGCCAUGUUGAAGUCCAAACACCAGGACAAGUUCUUGUUGCUGAAUCUCUCUGAAAGACGCCAUGAUAUCAGCCGCAUCAACCCAAAGGUGCAUGACUUUGGCUGGCCCGACCUGCACGCUCCCCCUCUGGAUAAGAUCUGUGCCAUAUGUAAAGCCAUGGAGAUGUGGCUGACCUCUGACCCCCAGCAUGUGGUGGUCCUGCACUGCAAGGGUAACAAAGGUAAAACAGGAGUGAUCAUCGCUGCCUACAUGCACUACAGCAAGAUCUCUGCUGGGGCAGACCAGGCACUCACUACUCUGGCCAUGAGGAAGUUCUGUGAAGAUAAAGUGUCCUCCUCACUACAGCCGUCCCAAAACAGAUACAUAUAUUAUUUUGGAGGUCUUUUGUCUGGAGCCAUUAAGAUGAACAGCAGCCCUCUCUUCCUCCACCAAGUCCUCAUCCCCUCUUUGCCCAACUUCCAGGGAGAAGGAGGUUACUUCCCGUUCCUGAAGAUCUACCAGUCAAUGCAGUUGGUCUACACUUCAGGCAUUUAUAACCUUCACGGCACUGGCGGCAGGAGGCUGUGUGUGACUGUGGAGCCAGCUUUGUUACUGAAGGGAGACAUCUUGGUGAAGUGCUACCACCGCAGAGCACACACUCCGGACAGAGACACAGUUUUCAGGCUGCAGUUCCACACAUGCACCAUUCACGGGUCACAGCUGUGGUUCGGCAAAGGGGAGUUGGAUGAGGCUUGUACGGAUGAGCGUUUUCCAUCUGACGCCACAGUGGAGUUUGUCUUCUCCUCUGGACCAGAAAAGACCAAAGGCCGUGAGUACCAUAAGAACGACCCAGCAGUGACAGUGGACUACAACACUGGAGACCCUGUGGUCAGGUGGGAUUCUUAUGAGAACUUCAAUGAACGCUACCAGGACAGUUUGGAGGAUAUUGCCCACACCAGAGGUCCUCUUGACGGCAGCCUGUAUGCCCAGAUUAAGAAGCGAAAAGGGGCGGAGUCUGGAUCUCUCAUCUCAACCAAUGGCAGCAGUCCAGGGGCGGGUAUUAUUGACGAACGAACCAGUCAUCUCAUCUCCCACAGCUCUGACUCUGGCCUCUCCGCACACUCCAGCCAUUUGAAUCAGUCUUGCCUGCACCAAGAAGACCCCGUGCCCCACUCUCCUCCACCCCCCACCCGUCAGGAACAGGAGGAGCUGGAGAGGCUGUUGGGAGGGAUCGAGGGGCGAGAUGGCGAGCGUGAGACAGCCAUUUUGGACGAUGGAGACUCUUUACCCCCCUCAGAGAGGAAUGGCACUCUGUUGAGUCGCUCUUGUUCUUGUCGGGAUGGGUACCGCUCGCAGCGCUGUGCCGAACCGGGCUGUGACCGUACCCUGCUCAUGCCAAACGGAUACUGUCUGGACCGAGCACCUGGGACCAAUGGCCAUCUUGGAGCCACCCCCUCAGCUAGCUCUCCUUCCUACAUGGAUCUAUAUCAGCACUACUCCCCCCACACACACCAGUCCUUACCACCUCCUGACCUGGUCUGGGACAGGCAGACUGGGCAGCAUUACAAACACAGAUCGUGUUCUGAAACAUCUCGUCACAUGUGCUGCCCUGCUCCAGAUCUGGCCCCUCAUCACCAUAACUAUUCACAUCACCGUCCCUGUUGUCCAGACGACCAAUACUCACCCUACCACCACGCCCCUUCGCCACACAGCCACCCACACCAUUCCAAAAUCAGUCCAACGUACCAUGAUUUGAUACUCAUGGAUGGCCCAUCACAUGCUAACUGUCCGUGUCGGGAUUGUGCAGUGAGGAGAGAGGAUUCAUACCACACAAUGAGGAUGGAACGUGGAGAUAGUUUUCACUGGGACAGGGAGGCGGAGCUGCAACAGAGAGAGGUGGGGCUUAGGAGGACAAGGGAGGCUGAUAUUCAGAGAGGGUCCGAUCUCCGCUGGGACAGAGACCCACGGCGAGCACGGGACAUGUCUUUUCACUGGGACAGAGACACAGAAUGGGAGCGAGAUAGAGAAGCAGAGUACUGGCAUAGGAGGGCCACCGUAGCCUCUUAUGGCCCACAGUCCCAUGAUCUACCUGCGUUUUCAUUUGACCCGCUGCCGUCCGGUCACCCUGCUUACCCUGAGGCGUCCCGCUCUCACGCACACUCCCACCUGGACAUGAAGUACAGCAGCAGUAGCAGUGGGUACCAGACACCCCGCCAGGUGUGCCUGUGCUCACCCUACCAGCCCUCCCCAUCAGAAAGCAGGGGGUACGCCUCCGGGUACCAGUCUGAAUCCACAUCCCCGCUUCCCCCUUCCUCCUCUGUAACAGGACAUUGUAAUCACCAUGGUAAUGGGACACAUCACUGCCCUGAGUCCCAGCACCAGACAUACCCAUCUGAGUCACACACUGAUGGCUUGCGUAGUUCCAGUGAGAGUGUGGGCUGGAGGGAACAUCUUUCUCAUGGCUCCUUUAAAAGGGUUCACAGAGAUGCCCAUCCUGCCUGCUCUACUCCAUCCGACAUGUCAGGGCCUUCUACACCUGUCCACACCAGCAGUCCACUACGCAACCAAGAGAGUCCCAGCAGUAGAGAGUAUGAGAUUCGGACCACAGACAUCAUUGGCAGUGAUUGUGAGAGCUCUAGCCCCCACGAUGAGCCUCACAGCGGGGACAACACUCCAGCGGAACCUCCGCUUAAUCAGGGAAACAGCACAGAACCUUCACAUAGCCAGGAGAACAGCACCAGCCCCUCCUUUACAGAGCAAAUUAAAGACUGUACUACACCAGCUGUGUCCACACACACAGAAAGCCAAAUCACAGAAUUGAACCCACCAAACAGCCCACCCUCUCCGGUCCAUGCUUCCCCUGCCCCAGAUAUAACCCCUUCCCCACCAACUGAGGCCGCUGUGCAAACUCAGCCUCAAAGCCAAAAUCAUACUAGAUUCGUGAAUGGAGUGAACAGCUCUUCUUCAAUCCUAGAUUCCCAAAAACCCACUACUCCCAAUUCUCCCAUAUCUAACCAUUCCAAUAGUAUGGAGGGCUCCCCUAUUUCUGAAAGUCCUGUCCCUGGUUUUGCCACGUUAGGUCGAAAACUCAUGCUCUCUGAGCCCCACCACCACCCAAACCACGGGUCCCCUCCCCAUCACCAUCAUCCUGGUACUUUAGACCGACGACCAUACUACCCCAACCACAGUCAACAACAGCACCAUUCCAACUACUCCACCAUCUCCAUACCCCUGCCCCACCCUCAGCCUCCUCUGCCCGAGAAGAGGCACACUCCAGCCCAAACCAGUCCCCUGAGCGAUGGUGGAGUGGGUGGUGGUCCCAGGCAGUCAGUUGGGAGCCAGCACCAUGUGACUUUUUCGCCCACUGUAGGGGAAAUAGCGCCACCUACAGGACAAAAUGAAGGAUCUGCAGAGAUGGAGAACAGCACCAGGGUCAGUGUGAAGUUCGUUCAGGACAGUUCACGGUUUUGGUACAAGCCGGGAAUCUCCAGAGAACAAGCAAUUGCAGCUUUGAAGGAGAAAGAGCCUGGAACCUUCCUGAUCCGGGACAGUAACUCUUUCCAGGGCGCAUACGGACUGGCCCUGAAGGUGGCCACACCUCCAGCCAAUAUCAACAACCACAGCAGCAAAGUGGGUGACCCCCUGGAGCAGUUGGUCAGGCACUUUCUCAUAGAGACCGGGCCACGAGGAGUCAAGAUUAAAGGCUGUCAGAAUGAACCAUAUUUUGGGAGUCUUUCUGCAUUGGUGUACCAGCACGUCAUCACUCCCAUCUCUCUGCCCUGCGCUCUCCAGAUCCCAGAGAAGGAACUCACUGGAGAGUUACAGGAGGCGCCCCCAGUGGCUAACAUCAGCACUGCAGCCGACCUGCUCAAACAGGGAGCCGCCUGUAAUGUGCUAUACCUGAACUCGGUGGAGACCGAAUCUCUUACUGGCCCCCAGGCCAUCGCCAAGGCAACUGACUCCACUCUGAGUCGAGCUCCCCGACCCCCUGCCACAGUGGUCCAGUUCAAAGUGACAUCCCAAGGCAUCACUCUCACCGACAGCCAGAGGCGAGUGUUCUUUCGACGACAUUACCCAGUCAACAGUGUGACAUUCAGCAGCCUUGACCCCAAAGACAGACGAGUUUUUGGAUUUGUUGCCCGUAAGCCGGGAAGCCAAGGGGAAAACGUGUGCCACCUGUUCGCAGAGCUGGACCCGGAGCAGCCCGCUACCGCCAUCGUCAACUUCAUCAACAAAGUCAUGCUCGCUCAGAGGAGAUAGAACCAAACAGACAGACAUGCAGCAUCGUAUGUCAGUAAAAUGUAAAAUGUGUGCUACAGAAGAGCACAAUCAGAAGGUCAAUAUGUCAUGUAUAAAAACCACACUGCAGUGCAUUAUAUAAUAUUUAAAGACACGUCAGUUUUUGUCAGCUGUCCCUAGUUUGGAGAAGCAGAAAGCUAGCAAAGAUACAGGCUUGCUUCAGGUUGUGUGUGGUUACCAAUAGAGCCACAGAUAUGUAUUGCAAUCCCAAGUAUUUAUUUGUGAUUAUACCUUUUCUCAUAAAACACUAAAAACAGAUUAUGGGUUAUUAUAAUCAGAUGAUUAAAUUAUCAAAGGUAUACAGUAGUGUCACGAUGCUAUUUUUUUUUUCCCCCCGAUUACUCAAUUUCAAUACUAAUGAAUAGGCUCAAUACCGAUUUUCUCGCAUUAUCAUUUUAAAACCUUUUUUAAGACAAUAGAUUAUACCAUGUGGUCUUACACUAGCGUUGAAAAAAACUCAAGAUGAAACUGUUCAAGAAAGGUCAGGUUUUAUCCAGUUAUGUGACUUUUUUCAAUACUUGUUUAACUGAGUAUUUAGUUUCAAUACUAGUUUUAGUAUUGAUUAGUAUCUAAUAUUCGAUUCUUUUGACAACCCUAAUGUACAGUAGUAAAUCUAAUUAUAUCAAACCGGUAGAAGAAAAAGUACCAUAAAAAUAUAUCAGUUAUCCAGAUUAAAAGUAAAACGAUGUUUUGUUCAAAUUUGCUUUUUUACUUGCUGGAUUUGCAGUAUCUCGAGUUCACUUAGUAUCCAUGUUCCUGUCUGCUUCUCUAAAAACAGGCUGUACUCAACUGUUCAAGUAUUCACUAUUCACAAUUAACUGUGAACCAUACCUUUUAGUUACUGUAAAAGAUAAUCCAUGUUGUUUAUAGUUCUUCCAGUCUACCUAGUCUACUCAUGGAAGCUGUUAUGAUGUUGGUUCAAUGCACUGUUUAAAGACAAGUCUCAAAAACUCAAAGAUUCUGACAGCACCAAACACGUGUAAGAAAUCUGAGUUUGUUGGAGCUGAUGAUGUAAUUUCUAUAUUCUCUCUUUUUCUCUCAUUCCUAACACUGCCAAACAGAAAAGACAAUCCUCUUUAUAUUGGCUACCAACAAAAGUUGAAACUAGAUCCUGGAAAUGUUCAAGGACUGCGAAUAACCAGUUUUAUCUGACCAUACAUUAUUGGUGUGGAGGGAAUUUCUGUACAGAUGAAGUAAGCUUUUGUUACGUCCAUUUGCAGGGUAUAAACAGGUGAUUUAAAUAAAAGGCAAGUGUAUGAGGACAGACAUACAUGCUUUACUAGAGCAGAACCUGAAGGCCCAACAGAAACGUGUGUACUUACCAAAGACAAAGCACUAUUGUGAUAUUAAUAAGCUUAUAUUCAGCUAUAUUUUUGUACUUAUGCUUAUAUGUGACUAUGCAUUUAGUGGAUGAGCCCUAGACAGACUAGUAUCACAGCCAUAAUAUAUUAAGUUGUAUCUGCGCCAUUAUAAUAACGUUAGUAAUAUAUUUCACAUGCAGCUAUAGAAGUUUAUAUGUCGAGUCAUAAAGGAAGUAUUCGAAGAGUAUGAUAUUUUGUAUGCAACUAUGAAGACAUGUAUUAAAAUGAAAAAAAAUAUGGUACCACAUGUUUAAGAGUCUGUCAUUGCAAAUAAG